GCCGAGCGGGAUCGCGCACAGGCGUCUCCGCUUCCGUGGUCCGCCGUCUCACAACCACUCCUUCCGUCCACCGAUCCACGCGAUCUCGUCCGUCGCCUUCGGCCUUCCUUUGUUCUUCUACGACCCCUUCUGGAAUCCUAUCAUUCAUUAGAUCGUUACGCCCUCGGCUAUCUGCGAUCAAGACAGCACCCUCGGGUUUCAACUAGUUCCCAUGAUCGAAGACCAGGAAAUUGAGAUUAUGAUCGGUCACAAUAAUCUUUGGGAUCGGGAAAGCUACUUUGGCGUUGGUUCUCGAGUAAUUCGAUUCAAGAAUCCUUAGUAGUUCCAAUCGGCUGUUUGACAAGACAGAGCAACUAUCCUUGCAAAAGGGUCCUUUUCGAACUUUCUUCGAGAUUCAUGCUCUGUUCACUAGUAGUUUAUACUAGCUGCAUAAUCUUGCUAGUGGCAGAUAUACACUAUGGUGUUUGUCGCAAACUGGCCUGAAUAUGUCAAUCAGCUUAGGAAGCAUCUUGGCUUUGCAAACUGCAAUUUUUGUUCAGCACCUUGUGUAAAUUAGGAGAAUACAACAUGUCUAUGGUAAGGUCUGCAGAUUCAUCUACUGCCUACGGAGAGUCCAAACCUUAUGCACAUAAAGGUGGUGGUGAUAGCUUACAUAUAUCUAGGCAAAUAUUAAGUGCAGAUAAACGGAUGUACCGUAAUGGGCCAUCGUGCCAUUCAGACUUCACCAAUUCAUCUUCAGAAAUGAUGCAUGUUGGUCCACUUCAAGCAUCCACAUCCACCAUUCCAAGACUCUAUCUUCAAGUUCCUUCAGCUCCCUAUCAACUGAUGGCUAAUAUUCACUCGUCUAUCACAUUGGAAAAUCCUUACAGCUCCUUCUUUGAAGCAGUUCAGCAUCCUGAUUCCUCAGCAAGUUCUAACAUCUCGCAUCAAACCUCCCACUCUUUAUCUGACAAUCUAAGUUCAGAUCAUGAAAUAGACUAUGGUGAGGAUGAAAUUAGGUUAAAGCUUCAAGAGAUCGAGCAGGUCUUACUGAAUGACACUGAUGAGGAUUUGGUGGAUUCGUACCAGAUAAUGGGAAUUGAAGAUGAUUGGGCUGAGCCUAUCAAGGACCUAUUACUUACAAAGUCACCAAAAGAGUCAUCAUCGGAUUCAAACGUCAGCUGUAUUGGAAGCAAUAGAGAACCUAGAACCCCCAAGCAGCUACUUUUUGAUUGUGCAGCUGCGAUAUCUGAAGGUGUCACGGAGGAGGCACGAGCCAUCAUAGCUGAGCUCCGUCAAAUGGUUUCAAUUCAGGGGGAUCCUCCACAAAGGCUUUCAGCCUACAUGGUGGAAGGUCUUGCAGCUAGAAUAGCCUCUUCAGGACGAGGCCUUUAUAAGGCUCUAAAAUGUAAAGAACCCCCAACUUCAGAUCAGCUUUCAGCGAUGCAGAUUCUGUUUGAGGUCUGCCCAUGUUUCAAAUUUGGUUACAUGGCAGCAAAUUAUAUAAUCAUAGAAGCUUUCAGAGAUGAAGAAAAAGUUCAUAUCAUAGACUUUGACUUAAACCAAGGAAGUCAAUACAUAAACUUGAUACAAACUCUUUCAACCUGGCCGCACAAACCACCACACUUGAGGAUAUCUGCAGUGGAUGAUCCAGAGUCAGUGCAACGGGCAGUUGGAGGCUUGGAAAUUAUUGGACGGCGCCUUGAGAAGCUGGCAGAGGAGCUUGGUGUCCCAUUUGAAUUUAGUGCAAUAGCUGUGAAGAGUGGAGAUGUAACACCUGGAAUGCUAGAUCGUCGACUUGGGGAGGCACUUGUGGUUAACUUUGCAUUUCAACUGCAUCAUAUGCCAGAUGAGAGCGUAUCAACGGUGAACCAAAGGGAUGAGCUGCUUCGAAUGGUGAAGGGCCUGGGACCAAAACUGGUCACAGUUGUUGAGCAGGAUAUGAACACUAACACAGCUCCAUUCCUCCCCAGGUUUAUGGAGGUCUACAACUAUUAUUCAGCGGUUUUUGAUUCACUCGAUGCAACUCUUCCGAGGGAUAGCUCAGACCGAAUGAACGUGGAGAGGCAAUGCCUUGCACGAGACAUCGUCAACAUCGUGGCCUGUGAAGGUGCUGACCGCAUAGAGAGGUACGAGGUUGCCGGAAAGUGGAGGGCAAGAAUGACAAUGGCGGGGUUCGUCUCAUGCCCAUUCGGCACCAACGUCAAUGGAUUGGUACGAGCAUUGUCAGGAUCCUACUGUGAUCGAUACAAGAUUAAAGAGGAAAGUGGGGCACUUUACUUCGGCUGGGAGGACAAAACUUUGGUUGUCACCUCAGCUUGGAGAUGAAGCUUUCUUGGUGGCAUUACAUGUGGUAGGUAUCACCGUACUAAUCCUUGAUGUGAAUAAGAAUCGUGAGAUCUGCUCAUGCGAAUACAUAUCUGACCCCGAUCGCGGUUGGUGUGACGUAGAGGUAUUCCAAGAUCAAGAGGUAUACCAAUAUUGCUUUGGUGAACCAGAAAUAAAGACAUUUACCGGGUUCUUCCCUUUCAUACUGCCUCUAUUGUGUAUGCUUACUUCUUAUUAGACUGGAUGUUCAUUCUAAAAAUCGACAGUAUUCACUUAAUUAAUACUUGUAUUAGCUUACUUGACUAAUUAUUAUUACAUGUUAGAACAUUUCAUUAA